GCAUUUUCAAGAACAUUACUGAGUGGUGAAAUAUAACUGGGUGGGAAAUAAUCAAAAAUCAUUCUUAAGGACAUUAGUCUAAGGAAAAGUGAACUUUGUGCUUACGGUUAUUUCUGCAGAAAGUAUUUUAUUGACAUUGAUUUCUGUACUUCUAUAAAAGAUUCUGAUCAUCUUUAGGUGCAUGACAUAUUAUUAUUCAGGAAAUUAUACUUUAAUUUACAAUCGUUAGUUUAGGCAAAAAUAAAGUAGACAGAUUAAGAAUAUUCAAUGCUUGAAUCUCCAUACCGUUCAACUCAAGGUCGUAAAGCUGUUCGUACGUUAACUACCCCAAUAUGUUUUAAUAAUUCUGAAAAUAUAUGUGCCACAAAUAAAAAUCUACUGCGAUACUGUUUGGAUUCACCAACUACAACAUCUCAACCAAAUCUAAAUGGUCGAGUAUCGAGGUCAGAUACAAGCUCUAGUAAUGAUCAUAUUGGUCGUAAAUUAUCUGUAAAUGGAGUACAUGAACUUAGAGACCGAUCCCUUCCUGGUACAAUUUCAAAACAAGAAGUUCAUUCGGUAUAUAGUUUACAUCAACAUCGUAAAAACACAUAUAUUCGAAUUCAAGAUCCUAUAAAUAGUGAAAAUCGAUCACCAUCAAGGCAAACACGAAGAAAAGAAGUUAUACGUUGUUGGAGUCGAGAAAGAGUUACAAGAAGUGAAACUAUUUUAAGUAUACGUCAACCUUCAUCAAAACAAACUGAACAAAAUAUAGAAAGUAAUAAUUUAUGCAAAUCUCGACUUACUGCUUCAACAUCGACCUUUAAUACUUCUCUUUUCUUACCGAUUAUAAAUAAAAGUGAUAGUUUUUCAUCACUACCAACUACAAUACGUCAUAUUCCAAUUCAAUUAGCUGAUAAUCAUCUAACUGAUAUACAACCAAUAAUUAAUGAUACAUUAAAAUCAAUUCCAAUUUCUAAUCAAUUUUCUGGAAUUAAAAAACAAAUUUCAAAUAAAUUACAAAAUCUUACUUUCUCUCCUAUUGAAUAUUCAGAGUAUGUAGACAAUUCCACACAAAUAUUAAAUAAUCUUGAAUCUUCAAUUGAACAAAAUUCAAUUUAUACAGAAAAUCUACCGUCAAUCACAAAAAUUAAUCAUGAAAAUGAUGAUAUGAAUAAUCAAAAUGUUGAAUUGAAUGAAAUCAUUAAAAGACAAAUUAAUAAAUUUCAUAAUGAUAGUACAGUGAUGCAAAUUAAUGAAACUACAAUAGAUUCACUUCCUUCUUGUAAUGAUAAUAAUAAUAAUAGCAGUAAUAGUAAUCAUGAUAAUGUUAACAAAUAUAAUGAUAAUAAUGGUGAUGAUGAUGAUGAUGAAGACAGUUCAACUAGUCGUUAUAGUACUGCAGAAUCAUCACCAUGUGAAGACUUUGAACCAGAUCUUAAUAAAACUAAACAAAUAAACAACCAUAAUAUUGAUAAACAAAAUAACAAAAUAAUUGGAGAAAAAAUUGAUAAACUAAAACAAAAUAAAAAUAUAAAAGAAAAAUUAACAAAUUCAACAAUGAAUAAUCAAAGUGUAGCAUUAGAAUUUCGAACAAUUGUUCAACGAGAUGAAUAUGGUUAUGGAUUUCGAGUUUGUGGAAAUAAACCAGUAUCGGUACAUAAUGUUCGGAAAGAUGGUAAUGCAGAGAAAGCUGGUCUCAAAGCUGGAGAUCAAAUUAUUGAAGUGAAUGGUAUUUCGGCCAUUGAUCUCAAUCAUGAAGAUGUCGUUGAGCAGAUUCGCUCGCGAAACCAAGUCUCUUUAAGACUCAAGAGAUUACGUUAUCAAGUGGUUGAUGGCUUAACUGGAUAUCGAGUAGGCUCUAUGAGAAACCUAACCUGUAAUGAAGCUCCAAUUUUGAGAUCACAACAACGUCAUCAUUACCAAAAACGUCGAUCAGUUCGAGAGUCUUCAUCAACAGGAAAUACAGCGUCUGCCGUAGUUAAACGAAGACCUCGUCUUGGGACGCAGACAUUCAAAAUAGCUCGAAGUUGUUCACCCCCUCCAUUAGCGUCAGUCGGUUCAAUGAAUGAUUCAAUAGGUCCACAUACAGAUGAAGAUAUUGAUUGGAGAAAAGAAGACGAGACUAACUUAGAACCUAACCCCAGUUUAUCUCCCCAAAUACCUCCAACCAAUGCAGCUAGCUUACCUCCCACAUCCAGGAUGGUUCGACCUCGUUCUAGUAUUGGUCCCAGUGAUCAUACCAGUAAAGAAAGACCUGUUAGUUCAGGACCUGAUAUGUUUGGCCUCUUCAAAAGGGGCUCAGUCAAGGACGUAAAUCAUCCAGAAUGUCUGAGGGAGGAAGAUAGUUCUAUGGAUGGAUCAUCUCGUGAUACUACAACUGCGAAUAAUAAGAAUAACAGUAAUGGGAGUGGUAGUACUAGCAGUUGUAGUUCUAAGUCGUUAUCUCGAAUGUCUUUCCCUGGUCAUUCUAAAUCUAAUGGUACAUCAAAUAAGAAAACUACCGGUAAUCUCAAGGAUCAGUCAACGUUUUCUAGUAGUACACCACCUCUUGGUCGUGUUAUGGGUAGGAAUUUCGACGAUGAAGGUGAAAGUGAUCUUAGCAUUGCAAAUGAUCUUGCUCACUUAUCAUCAGAAUUCGACAGUGCAACGUCAGUAAUGAAUAGUCCAGCUAAGUGUGCUAUGUUUAUCGAUUACUUGUUUUCCCAUAAACGAGAUCCUACAUGGACGCUUUUCCACAUUGUCAACCAAUACUUUCAACGAUCAAUGGCUUCGUCAAAAGAAUUGUUUAAAGAUGAAAAACGUGUUUGUCUGGAAAUAUUUACAACGUUUCUACAUGAAAAGUCUCCGUUGCGUUUAGAUGUACGAACUCCAGUUGUGUUGAAGUCAUUUGAUUUUAAUGAAUGCUCGAAAUUGUUCAAUGUUAUUGAUCAACAGUGUGUGAAUCAGAUUGAAGUACAAGUUUCCAAAUUAGCUGAGGCAAUUAAUCUAGGUAUGGAUACAUGGUGUCUUUCUGAGCCAAUUGAUUUCGUUCUGUUUCGUAAUAAAGAAGAAGAAUUGGCAUGUUUCGAAUCGCGUUUAAGUAGUUACCUUGACGCAUUGCAUCAAUUGUUUACCGGAAGUUGUACAGAUAAUCCAAUUGCCCUUAGCAUAUGUCGAUUGCCAAAUACAUCUGGAUCAGUUACAUAUGAACAAAUUACUCAGGCGAUUACUACUUGUUUGGUUACAGCUCACCGGUAUUAUUCCAUGUCUCAGAUAUCAAGUGCAGAUUAUCCUGAAACUAGAGAUUCUGGACAUUCUAUUAGACAUAGUCUUUUUGCAAGGUCUUUUGAAAAUUUAACUACAUCUGCAUUGGGUUUAGGUAGUGUAUCAGGUAGCAUUGGAAGUGGGCUGUCAUCUGCUGGUUCACAUUUAUGGACAAAAUUAACUCCAUAUUGUGCUAAAUCAAAACAAAAAUCACAUUCUUUGCUCAAUCGUAAAAGUAAAUGGUCUCACAAAGGUCAUUUAUUUUAUGAAUACACUUACGAACGUAUUGCUGAUUGUGGUGUAUGUGGAUUUUUAUUAUGGGGACUCAAUUCACAAGGUUUCAAUUGUAAUAAUUGUGAUCUAUUUAUACACUUAAAAUGUAAAAAUGGUAUUCGAGAUCAUUGUAGUAGAGAAGGACGUAGAACAACUGGCGUCACGUCUGCAAAUGUUUUAGGCGGUAUACUUGGUAGUAUACCGAAUCUCACAAUUGAUACACAUGUUCCAGGUAACACACCGAACCAAACGAAUGAAUCAUGCAAUAAAGUUCCCUUAAAUCCCAGUCAAAUUGGUUCGAGUGAUUUUAUCCAUCACGCUAACUCAGUUGAUAAUCCACUCGACGCUGUUGCAUCACUAGACGAGACAAUUAAUUCAUCUUGUCAAGAUAGUACUUAUAGUUCUGGGUUGAAUGAAACUUCUUCAAUAUCAGGCAAUGGGGGUGGUGACACAUCUAUCAACUUUCCUUCACCAGGAUUAUCUAAACGUGAUUCCAUUUCAUCAAUGUCAGUUGGAUCCACAUGUCAAACUCCUGUGGAUUCUUAUUUACAAUCUGGUAUUGGUCAAACAGACAAAAUUAAAUCGAAUGGAGAGGAAUGUGGGAUUAUGGGCAAUGAUUCGCAUAUUAAAGUUCUAUUGGAUUCGAGAUCAUCAUCACGUCGUCGCUUAAGUAUAACAGUUAAACAAGGUUAUGUAAAACAAAUGAAAAAUCUAUACGAAGGAAGUGAAAUCAUUCAAGAAAUAAUUCCAACAUCUCGAAGUGAUAGUGUCGUUUCGAAUAUUUCCUCAAAUCUACCUACACCAAGUAGCUCAACAGUUCCUUGUGAUCGUCCAGUCGAAACAACAUCAUCACCAUCUUCGUCAUCAUUAAGUAGUCCUGUUUCAAAUAUCAAUGAGACUGUACGUGAAUUAGUUACUACAGAUUGGAGUGAUGAUCCAGAAAUGAUUGCAGGAGCAAGUUUUGAAGCAGCAGUUGAACUACGAGCUCAGUUUCCUAAUUUUCAAAUGCCCAGUAAAGGUCAAAAAAGUGAAGAGUAUAUUCGUACACUAGUUCUAUUGGAAUUUCAUCAAAAAACUCAAUAUAUGGUUCGCCAUUUGAAACAAUACGAGUAUUUAUUAUUACGUCGUUGGCCUGUGGAACAUGCAAAAUUGGCUAAAAUUUUAUGCCUUGAUCAAAUUCCUAUAUUAAUUGAUCUUUUUCGUAGUCUCGUUACUUGUAUUGAUCAAACAAAAACCGAACAAGGUUAUCGUGGUAUGGCUGAAGCUGUUCUAGCCUGGUUAACUGAUAAUUCAUCGGCUAAUUUAAAAACAUGGGCUCGUUAUUGUCAAGCCCUUUCAUGUUCAAAUAUGUUAGAAAGUGUUCGACAUUCUGUUCGUGAUUAUGUACGCCGACAUCCAGAUAUUGUACCUCUAUUACAAACUAGGCAUAAUAAAUUUGUCUUAAUUGAAGGUUUAAAACAAAUGCGAAUUCUUUACUUUAAUUUACCAUUAAUUGCAAAUAAUAUUGCAAAAGAUUUGGAAAAAAGAACUAAAAUAUACAAAGGUGAAGCUAAAAUUUGGCAACAAAUUCAACUUAAAUUGGCCAGUUUACCACAAACUAUCGAUAAUGUUUGUAUGCCUCUUGUUAAACGAAUUAAUCUUGGUCAAUUAUGUACUAGUUUGGAUAAAAAAGAUAUUUUGUCUAAACCACUUCCGGAUUUAUUAUUACCAUUUCAGCAUUUACUUUUAAACUUUCCUCGUGUAUUAUUUCAUCAUUGGGUUGUUGCACAUGCCGAAGUAACAGUUGAUAAAUUAACAGCGAAUCGAUCAAAUAAAGUAAAUCAUGAUUAUAUUUGUGAACGAACUGAAAUGUUGGCUAUUCUCUUGCACAAUGCACUUAUGUUAAUGGUGAAGGAUGGUGAACGUUACAUUUUACGUAGUUUUAAAGCUGUACGUGAACAAGGCGGUGGCUCUGGUAGUAGCGGGAACUUCAGUACUUCUGCUUCUAAUAGUAGUGCUGUUGAACGUCUUUCCAGUUUCGGAUCGCCUGGUACACCUGGUGAAAAAGAUCGACCCAACUCAGGCAAUCUAUCCGGUUAUUCUUCUAUCUCUUCAUGCAGUUCUCUUAGUUCUUAUUCGCCUAAUUCAAAUGCUCAAUCACAUACAAGCCUUGUUUCAGCAGCAGCUAGUGCUGCAGUCGCCAGUAUGACUGAUCGUUCGUCAACAUCGUUGGGAAGCUCGAAACUUGUUCCUAUAUUCCCAUUAAUAGAUGUGUUUACUUCGUGUGGUGAAAAAUUCGGUGGUGAUCAUCUAUUAAAUAUCGUAUUUAUGAAGCAAACAGUUUUGAUCCGGUUAUUGUUUUCAAAAGAAGAUGAAAGACAAAAUUGGUCAGCUUAUAUUCAAGAAAAUAGUGUGACUACACAAAGUAUUGAUCGACAACGUAUGUUGAAACCAACUGCUUCCGCCGCUGCCGCCUCUUCAUCACCAUCGUCAUCUACUCAAAGUCGGUCGACAAUCGGUAUAACUUCUGAAUCGCUCAUUUCUAAAACCUCAUGUAUUACACCUACAGCUGAUGACAUUUCAGUUAUUACUCCUCAACCAUCAACCCAAGAUUUAAAAACUUCAUUCGGUAAACUUCUUACUACAUCAUCAACUACUACAAAUAAUGAUAAAACUACCUACCCAUCAGAUAUUAACAACACUGAUCAAAUUCCUUCCGGAGAAGAAUCCACUGUAUUUGUUGAUAAAUUACAAACCGCUAUGAAUGAACUAUUAGAACAAACACAACAAAUUAUUUGUGAAAAAUAUAAUAUAUCUAAAGAAGAAUUAGCUAAUGCAAUGAAUGAGGGCGAUGACGUGAAUGAUAUCUUGAAUCCUGGAAAAAUCCUGUUAUUCCAGAUAAAAUAUUUCGCAAAAUGUUACAAUUUAAUAACUCGAACUCUUGCUCCACAACCUUCAACAUAUUUUCUAAAUCAAAUACAAAAUCAUCUUGAAUCUAUAAACGAUGAAGGUCAUCAACAGCUCGAUAUGUUAAUGCGGCAGAAGAAAAGACAAAGUUCAUUGUCAUGGACAGAAGGUUAUCUAGAGUCACUUAGCCGGAACCCUGUGCUGAAUAUUGGAAGCAAUAAAGUAAUUGGUAGUACUGAAUCAGAAAGAUCUCGGUUUAAUGUUAUCGAUGCUCAACCAGAUGACUCCAUCUCCAAAGCUACACGUUCUUCACCAAACCUAGUCGGUUCAGAUAGUGAACGUAGUCGUAUCGAGAUUCAGGACAAGCGAAAAUCCAAAUGCAGAUCAAGGAAGUCUGAAGCAGGCCCUGUUUCAAAUUUAGAUUUCACUUUCUUUGAUAACUUAUUGAAUAAAGAAUUGAUUACAAUGGCUCCAGUAUUUACAAAAUCUGUCAUGUGUUUGUGCAAGUUAAUUCAUCAAGACCCAUCGCCGAAUAAUUUAUUAAAAGAAUCUACUAGUUCAAGAAAAAGUUUAUCAAGACCAUCUGUUCAAAUCGAUUCGCAAGUUCAUUGGGCUAAAGUUGGCGAUGCUGAAUGUCCGGUCAGUGGGAGUACUGAUGAAGUUGAAGAUGAAGAAGUUAGAACAUUGGCGAACUCUAUCAUCGAUUUGUCUUGUUCACAAGCAACUGACACAUUAAAACUGGACACACUUUCCACUGAACAAUCGGAUGCAUUGCAUAGUAGAUUUGAUUUAUCUGUAAAUAAUUCAGAUCAAGAUUUGAAUUCAGUCGCUGCACAACUUGUGUCUGAUGUGUUGGAAAAUGCCAAAAGCUAUUUCUCUAAUCAUAUCACAAAAUCUAAUGAUGCAGAACAGAAAACAGUGAAUGUUAUUCGUGACAGCGGAUGUGCACCAUCUGCCACAGAUGAAGAUGAAGAUUAUUAUUAUGAAGAAGAAAUGGAUGAUAUUGAUGAUGAUCACGUGAACAACGAUGAAACAGUGGAAGAAAUAUCAGAAAAUCAUAACGAUCUUUUAACAUCAUCUGGAACUAUUUCCACUUCAGACACUUCAACUCCUAAAUUCGUGGGCGUUGCUUCUAUAUUUGAUGAUGCUUCAUUGGAUCAAAACAAUCAGUUAGAUAAGACACCGUCUUUACACGAUGAUUUACUCAUUGAUAACGAUGUUAUUGAUGUUGUAUCACCAUGUCCUGGUAUUUUUAUGUCUGGAACUACCACUUCUAUUGAUCCUUCUACUAUUAUUACAACAACAACAAAUAUUAUUACUAACACUAAUACCACGAUAACAACAAAUAUUGGUCGUAAUGACUCUCAGAAGUCAACCACUUCAAGUGGAUAUGUCGACUCUAGUGAUGAUUAAGAUUAGUAGGCAAUAUUCUUGGAAUACCAUCUCAAACACUUAUUCAAAAAAAGAAAUUAAUAUCCAGUUUAUCAGUAAUGAGUUGAUUAACUUUCAGACAUCUGAUUAAUCCCGUCAUAAAAAAUCAUUAUUUUUAUUGUAUGAUAAUGAUAAUCAGAAUAGGAAGAUGGAUAUGUUUUCGAUCUAGAUUAUAUUUGUGUGUGUGUAUGUAUGUGUGCUGUAUAACGUUUUUUUUAAUAACAUGCAUUUCAUUUGUGACACUGUUUAUUUUCAAGACUUAUUAUGUCUUUAGCCCAUCCUCUAUACAUAUAUAUCACUUACAAUUGUUUGAAAUAGACAUUGCUUUUGGCGUUUUUAUCACCAUGUUAUACACGUACAUACACAAACUCUUUUGCAUCAGGUAUGCUCGUGUAUCUUUUUUGUUUGUAUAUGUAUGCGUGUAUGUAUUUUAUCAUAUUUAAUUUAGUUUAUUACUCUUUUUCGAAGAACAUUCUACUUCUUUUUAUUUUGUUUUAAUUAUUUCUCUACAUUAAAAUUUAAACAUUAUGUGCCUUCCAUUUUAAAUCAUUCAAUUUCUUCCAAAUAUUUGUAUUUAAAAAAAUAGACAUGAUUGUAUUAUACUCAAAAAAUACGUUUCCUUUUUGUUUUUUGUUUUGUAUGUGUACGUGGUAAUUAGCAACCUGUUUUGUUUUGUUUUAUUUUGAAAAAACAAAAUGCAUGAAUACACCUAAAAAUAAACAGCCAUUGUUUAUACUGUUUACUAUCAAUACAUAUUUUCUUUUUGUUUAAAUAUAAUAUGUAUCAAUGUGUACACACGUGGAUCGUGUGCUUUUUAUACAUUUGUGUGUAUAUACACUAAUCCUGUUUUCAAUAACGACAUUAUACUACUAUUAUUACUACUAUCAAUACUAUACUCAUUAAUACAGAAUAUCUUUAUUUUAUUUUAAACUUAUUCUCAUUAUAAGUAUUUAACUCACUUAUCAUUAAACAUUGUUAGUUAUGAUUUUAUUUCUUAUUAAGGAAUAAAUUACACUUUCAUCUAUUUAAUUACAUAAGUUUUAUUGAACAAAUAAAUAAUCAAUAGUAAAUGAGAAACAUAAUCAAUACAUUGUUUCCUUUUAUCAUUUCCAUUUUAUUCCCAAUAUCAAAGAAGUUAAAUCUUGUAAUUUUUGUCCAUUUGAUUAUUUGAAAACAAAAUCAAAGUAAUUUUUUAUAUUUUACAAGUCAUAUCUUCUUUGUUGUUGUUGUUGUUGCCUUGUAUAUCAUGAAAUUUAUUCUUUUGUUCUCUUCUUUUCAACAACAGUGUUAAACUCUUGAAGAUUAUAAGAAAUAUACUUAAUUUAAAUGAUUUUUUUUCUUUAUGUUUGAUAUAAUCGAUAUUUACAUUUCAUUGUGUUAAUUUAACGCGGUCAAUUGAACUAUAGAAAAUAUGAGUUAAUAGUGGAUCUACUAUUCAUUUAUCAAGGCAAUAUUAAUAAAUAUUUAAAAGAAUUAUCUCUU